AGUUGACUUUCCGAAGGUUUAAAUUUAAAAAAUAGAAAUAUUUAAUAUCUGUUUUGUUCAUAUUUAGAGUAUUUAAUUUCGAUUAAUGCACUACUAACUAAUUUGUUAUUUAAUCAUGUCAAAUAAUUAGUAUUAAUUUUGUAGAUUUGCUUAUAAUCAAUUCGUCGAAAGUUUUUUAAGUGUUAAUUCAACUGACUAAUUUUUUUUUUGGUUUAUUGUAAAAGCAACUAUGGAAAUCUCUAGACGCUUUUUUGACAUACUUAAAUCUAUAAAUUACCAUGUUGGUCACUUGCCUAAAGAGUUAUUUGCCAAUGAAGAACAGCUUCCUGAAUUAUUACCUAUUUUCACAAUUUUGAUCAAUAGUGUCAAUCAACAGUCAAAUUGUUUGACACCUAAAGAAUUAGCACUUUACACUUCUAUAUCUUCGAAGAAUGAUCAUUUCUCUUCUAUAGAAAAAGUAUCAAAAGCCAUUGAUAAAUUUUAUGAUGAAAAUACUGAAGAUGCAAUAAUAUGUUCUUCUGAUUUAGAAAAUUUAGAAAAAAAAAUUUUAAAAUCUCAGCAAGAAUUAAGUGAUUUAAAGGCACAUGGAGCAUUAUAUGAAAAAAAGAUACAUUCAAUGGAUGAUGAAAUUUCUUCACUUAAACAAAAAGAAGAUAUUAUCAGUUUAUCUUGUUUUAAAACUGAAAAUAAUUUGGAUACAGUUAUGAAAAAAUUAACUGAUGAAGUUGAUUCACUUGGUUCUAACAUUAAUAAACUUCAUAAUCAUGUUACCAAUAGUAUGACAAAUGAUUAUGAAUGUUUAACAAAAUUGGCAUCAAAUAACUUGAUUAAUUUGACUGAUAUAUGGCGUCAACAGAUUUUUAAAAUGAUAGACGUAUGGUUUAAAGAGGAAAAUGUUUCUUCUGUAAUAAAUGAUAAGUUUUCUUCUAAAAUCCAUACUCUAAGUCAACUCUCACAAAGUUGUACAGCUUUAAAGAUGGCUGGAAUGAACAAAAAAUGUGAGAUAUCAAAAUUAAAUAUGGCAGUGAAUAAUAUACUCAAUAUUAAAAAUUAUUUUAAUGAAGAUAAAGAGAAUCUGCAUUCCAACAAUCAAGAUAUAAUAAAUUACAUUGAAAAGCAUAUAAAAGAUCCAGAAGUACUUAUGGACAUUAAUGCACAGUCUCAAUCUACUGGAUAUGACAAUAUACAAUCUCGUAUAUCUGAAACAGUGAUCGCAGACGCGACACAAAAACUUUCAAAAUUGGAGACAAUUAAUGGUCGUUUAACGUUCAUACAAGAUUCCAUUGAACACUACAUCAUGAUUUGUGAUGUGUUGUGGUGCCUUAUGAGAACAGGCUGUUCUAUGGCAAACUUAAAAUGUGAAUUAGUGUUACAUUGUAUCAAUGUUCUUGAAAAAACUUUUGACGACAUUACAUUGGCAGCUAAGUGGACUAUGAAUCUCAAAGAUACUGAAGAACCGAAAAAACAUGAAAAUUAUUUAUCCAUCGACAGCGAGUUUGUAAAAUUUGAUGGAUAUAAACAUUACUCCAGCAUUUAUACCAAUAGUAAUGAAAUUGAAAAAUUAUCAAAGAUGGUACAACAAUGGAAGAGUAAAUAUCAUUAUAGCAGAGAUGAGUGUAAUCAGCUUGCCACUUUACAGCAAAACUUAAAAACGUACAGUGACACAGUUAAUGAUUUAACUAAUAAGCAUUCAAAUACAAUAUAAUGAGAAUAUUUUAUUAUUUUUUAUUUCAUUGGAAAAUAACAUAGGUUAAGUAAAAAUUUGA